AUGCGCUCGACGGGUCACGAGUCACGACUCGUCGUUCGACGUCCACAAACGACCCCGCGCGCGCCCUUUCGUUCACCUUUCGAUGUGUGUCAAACGUCACCUUUCGAUGUGUGUCAAACGUCACCUUUCGAUGUGUGUCAAACGUCACCUUUCGAUGUGUCUCCCACGUCACCUUUCGAUGUGUCUCCCACGUCACCUUUCGAUGUGUCUCACACGUCACCUUUCGAUGUGUCUCACACGUCACCUUUCGAAUCACCUUUCGACGCCCCUUUCGACGCGCCCGUCGACGUCCACGUGUGGGCGAACAGUGUACACGGCCGCGACGAUCGCCCGUCGCCCCCGACGUCGCGCCCGACGCGGUCGACCGGUCGCGGGCGUCGUCCACCGGUCGCAUCACCGGUCGCGGGCGUCGUCCACCGGUCGCGCAUCACCGGUCGCGAGUGUCGUCCACCGGUCGCGCAUCACCGGUCGCGCCCGUCGCGCCCGCGCGGCGACGGACGACGCCGCGCGCGGGCGUCGCGCUCACGGGCGGCGAUGCCGUACGCGUCGAACGCGGCGGUGGCGGACGAAAUGGCGGCGUUGACCCGCGGGCCGUGCGCGGGGGUGUCCAGGACGGUGGUCAUGGGCUCGAGCGUCGAUGGGCGACCGGUGCGCGCGCUGGAGAUCGGCGCGACGUCGUCGACGGUGGGCGAGGACGCGAACGACGCGCGGUGGUCGGGGCGCGUGCGCGUUGGGGUGUUCGGGAACAUGCACGGGGAUGAACCGGUGGGUCGGGAGAUCGCGAUGGCGCUCGCGCGAUGGACGUGCGCGCGCGCGAGAGAGGCGGCGGACGGAGAGGCGGACGAGCGACGCGACAGGGCGCUCGCGGCGCGCUUGCUCGAGGAGGCGACGAUUUUUGUGGUGCCGACGAUAAAUCCCGAUGGAUUCGAGAGGAAGACGCGGGAGAACGCGCGCGGGGUUGAUUUGAAUAGGAACUUUCCGUACGCCGGCUUUGACAUGCCCGCGAGCGCGAGUAGGACGGGGAAGAGCGAUAACGCGGCGCACGAGGUCGAGACCGAGCUGGUGAUGCGUUGGAGUAAGACGUGGCGGUUGAACGUGGCGAUUAACUAUCACGAGGGCGCGCUCGUGGCGAAUUAUCCGUGGGACGGGAACGCGGACGGACGCACGGCGUACAGCUCUGCGCCGGACGACGAGACGUUCAGGUACUUGUCGCAAUUGUACGCCGACGCGCAUCCGAAGAUGCAUGAUAGCGUGGAGUUUAGGGGUGGGAUUACGAACGGUGCGGGUUGGUAUCCGUUGUGGGGAGGGAUGCAGGAUUGGCACUACGUCAACACGGGCACGUACGACAUAACUGUCGAGGUAGACGACGAUAAGUGGCCGAGCGAGGAUCGAUUGGAUGACAUAGUCGCCGAGCACGUAGCGGCGAGCUUAAAGAUGAUUGAACGCGCGGCGUUCGGUUCCGUUCGUGGAUACGUGCGCGAUAGAGAGGGUAACGGCAUUCCCGGGGCGUCGGUUUCCGUCGGCCACGGCUUACCGGUGACGACAGAUCGUGCAGGAUUCUUCGCCAAGCCGAGCGCCCCAUCGAAUCAGCCCGUGCGCGUGGUCGUGAACCCGCCGGCAAAUUUUAAGCGAUUUCUCGCGGUCACGCGCACUGUUGACGUCAUAGAUCCCGAGAGAGGCGCCGUCGUAGACGUCGUCAUCGAGAAGACGUUCUGGUUUAGUUUCGGCGUCGUCUUCGUCGGCGCCAUCGUCGCUCUCUUCGCGAUCCGCCGCACCGUUCGGCGACACCGCAGAGUCGGCACGAACGACGAAUCGCUCUCAAACGGUGUAGACGUCGAGAGGGCCAUCGCGCACCGUCGUAGCGAUUAG